GUCGUAUUUACAAUUCGGCAGCACUUCAGCUUCUCAUUUGCACAAAAUUUAAAAAUAUUCAAUGAACUUCAUUCAAAAUAUCAAACAAAAAGAAAUUACAAUACUGCCAAUGAACGGUCAACGUUUAUUUACUCGAAAAAAUAACUGACACGCUAACAGCCGGGUUAUCUUUCUUGUAAAAGUAUUCUACUUCAACCUUGCGGUCGUGGCUUUGCAUACAACCUUCCUGUGAUUUUUUACCUUCACCUCACCAGAACCGAUCGAAAUCCUGCUGGGAUUUUCAGAAGCUGUUGGUAUUCAGCAGUUAGUCCGUCGCAGUGCAUACGAUCGGUUCCUCUUAUGAUCUAGUAUACAAUCGCGGUUUUUUCUGUGUCCAACACGGACCCAAACUUCGUGGCUCCCCGUAGGCUGAACGCUAUUGAUAACGCACCCACCCGAAGUUCCAACACUUUUGUUCCUCUUUGUUUCCGACUUCAUUACCCCCACUUCCCUAACGACAUUUACGUCCGAUAUCGCACUGUUCCAAACGGAGCACUAUGGAUUCCUGGAGUGCCAUAGAUAUGUCGUCAACUUUGAUCCGGGACGAAAGCUUCAGCAGUAACGUCCGCCGUAGCCGAAAACUCAACCUCAGCUUCCGCACGUCUAUUGAAAAACUCCCCGAUAAAGUCAUUCUGCACAUCUUUUCCUACCUGAGUCAUCUGGAAAUAUGUCGCAUGGCUAUGGUCUGUCGCCGGUGGCGCACGAUCGCCUACGAUACCAAGCUGUGGAAGAACGUGUCACUGCGCCCCGAAGUGUCCGGACUACAUGUCGGUUCACUGGACUCACUGCUGCACAUGGUUUCCGUCCGGUUUGGUGCCUCACUACGUUACAUCGAGCUUCCGAUUGAGUUGAUCACCCAUACCGUACUUCACGAACUUGCUAGCAAGUGCCCAAAUUUGACACACAUGUUACUGGACUUUUCAACUGCUAUGCAGCUUCACGACUUCAGUGAAAUGCAAGCGUUUCCGGCAAAACUGCGCUACAUGUGCAUCUGUCUGUCGGAGGUCAUCUUCAUGGAGGGUUUCAUGCGUAAAAUCUACAAUUUCAUCAACGGCCUUGAAGUGCUACAUUUAAUCGGUACCUACGAGAAGUGCGAAGAGGAGGAAGAGGAAAUCUACGAAGUCAUCAACGUGCACAAGCUGAAGUCAGCCACACCAAAUCUACGUGUCAUCAACCUUUAUGGUAUCAACUUCAUCGAUGACUCGCAUAUCGAUGCGUUCAGCUCAAACUGUAUCCAGCUGGAAUGUCUUGCCGUCAACUAUUGUAACAAAGUCACCGGAUCAACGCUGAAACCUCUGCUGGCUCGAUCCAAGCAACUCAAGUGUCUGCUUAUGAAUGGCACCAAUUUGAAAUCCGAAUUCGUCAUGCAAGCCGAGUGGGAUAAAUGUUCGGUACAAGAGCUCGACAUCUCCGGUACCGAUCUUAGCAGCGAAUGUUUGAUUGAUCUCUUGACUCGCAUUCCUUCGCUACGUUUCCUGAGUGCUGGUCAGAUCAACGGAUUCAAUGAUGCUGUUCUGAAGGCGUGGGCCGAGAGCGGUAACGCUAAGAGCCUAAUAGCACUGGACAUAGACUCAUCAGACAACGUGUCCGACGAAUCUCUGGGACGUUUCAUCACUCGCUACGGCAGCCAACUGCAGGCCUGUGUGUUGUCCGGGAUGACCCACAUCACCGACGCUCUGUGGAUGACUAUCCUGCCUACUUUGUCCAACGUGAAGAUUAUCGUAAUGGGCACUACCGAACGGCUGAGUGGUAACAUUCACGUCGAUCAGCUGAUGGACACGAUCGGAUCGUCCUGCCCGAAGCUCGAACGGCUGGAGCUACGUUGGGAUCCGGAGAAUCUACGCUUUUCGGACAAAAGUCAAAAGGCAAUCGAUUUGCUCCGUGUCAAGUGCCCGAAGUUGCGCUGCAUGGUGUUGAGUGACGGUCGCUAUUACGAAACUGUGAAGGCAAACUUCGAACGUGCCGAUCGAACUACGGUGGUGCGAACCACCACCAGCUGCCGCGUUUCGGGCUAUCAUGUUCUUAGCAAUUAUAACGAUUUAAUCUUUAACUGAAUGAUUGCUUUUCUGAGAAUUGAACUAGUUUAUUCUAUAAUAUACAUGAUUUUACAACUGAACGAUGAACGUUACACGAUGUUGAAAAAACUAUUUGGAGGCGUCAGAGAUAUUUUGUAGUUUUGUAGUGCUAAUUGAUGGAUAAAUAAACCGGAAUGUUAAUCAAA